UCUCUGUGGUGUGUGAAAGUCUUUGGCCUCGUGUUAUCGGUACCUAGAUUUACCGUCGAUAUAAAUACAGAACGUGUUGCUACAGCAUCCAGAUCGUCGAAUCAUGCCCAAAUCAAAAGAAGUGCCGUCCACCACGUCCGGCAGUGACUCGGACAGUGAAGCUGAAACAAAAGCUAAGAGAAAGAAGGCGAGCGCAGUGGAGAAGCCUGCUAAAAAACAGAAAAGCGGCGAGACCUCCAAGCCUAGCAGCUCCGCCAAGAGCGACAGAAGUGCUCCUGAUAACAUGUUCCAGAUUGGAAAGAUGCGAUACGUUAGCGUCAGAGAUUUUAAAGGGAAAGUUUUGAUCGACCUACGUGAAUACUGGAAUGACCAAUCAGGUGACAUGAAGCCUGGCAAAAAAGGUAUCUCGCUGAACGCGGAGCAGUGGAACCAGCUGAAGGAACAAAUGUCAGACAUCGAUGAUGCCAUAAGAAGAUUAUAAAAUAGACCAGACGUGCUUGGACGGAGCGUUUUUAGAGCUUAAUUCUUUAUAUCGAGCACUGUUUAAAACACGUGGUUUUUUUGGUUCAGUUUAUGUGGUUAAGUUUUGGUUCGCCUUGGUUAUGUUCGGAAUUUAAAUCCGCUUCUUAUUAUUAGCUGUAGGAAUUGAAAUCGCUACACUGUUAUACAUACUACUGUAUAUACUUUAUACUUGGUGUACGGAAUACGGAAUAAAGGCCACGAAUGAUGAA